AGUAUGGGACACGUGAUUCGCACAUGUGACAUGCUGCGUUGACUGUGCAUGCUCUGUUUAAUACAACGGACUAUUUUCAUAUUGUUAAAUUAUUAUUUCUUGCGACUUUUGUAGGAAUUCCAGACAAGAUUGGGGGCGUGGAAUAUAUUUUUUCUAUUUUCAGGUCGGAUUCUGAAUCGCUUUGCCAAAGAUAUUGGCAUUAUGGACGAUGUCUUGCCAAGAACAUUCACAGACUUUCUGCAGAUCACUGUGAAUACCUUAGCCAUUAUUACCUUGAUUUCCAUCUUCAAUCCUUUCUGCCUCGCCUUCACCUUGCCGAUCGCCAUCGUGCUUUUCCUCACAAGGAGAUACUACUUAGCCUCUUCUCGAGAAGUCAAGAGGCUAGAAGGAGUAGCUCGGAGCCCCGUGUUUUCUCACCUGUCAGCCACUCUGACUGGUCUAAGCACUGUCCGGGCGUUCAAAGCCCAGCAGCGCUUCAUUGCGGACUUCGACGGGUACCUGGACGGCCACACCCGGGCCUGGUUCCUCUUCCUGGCCACGUCAAGCUGGUUAGGGGUGCAGCUGGAUUUCUUUAGCACCUUGUUCAUUUGUGGAGUUAGCUUCACAUGCGUCAUGGCGGCUGGCCGUAAGUUUAAGGCGACCACACUAUAGAUAAAAACAAAAUACCUGUCAUCUUUUACAUCUUUUCUGAUGACUUGGUCUUUCAUUUUAGUGGUCAUCGUCACAUGCAUCUUUUCUUGGAAGCUGCAAUUCACAAUGACUC